UGUCGUGCCUUAAGUGUUUGCUCACAUUGUCUGGUUUGCCCGAAACCGCUUUUGCAUACAGAAUCGCAUGAAGUUAUGUUUGCUGCAGAGUGUCUUAGGACAGAGUUCUCUCACAGCAUGGUUCCUCUUCUCCUCUCCUUCCUAAUUCUUUCCUUCCUCCUUUGAGUUCCUUUUUUAUAGUAUUUGCAUAUCGUGCUGAGUAGAUUCAAACGCUACAAUUCUUAUUUUCUUGUUUUAAGAUGUUGCAUCUCUGUAUGUGGCCCGAGUGAUUCCGUGUUGUGGUUUCUCAUUCUCAUGUGGGAUAUCCCAUCUGGAAAUCUCUCUUCUUCUAUAUAAUUGUGUGAUAUGACAAUUUAUCGCUGUGUUUGGUCCUCACAUACCACGAGUUUUGGGCAGGAGACAAGGUACGUUUUCUGAGUGAGGCAGGUCUCUUCUGGAUAUGGCUUCAGAAAUCACCUAUGCAGAAGUGAAGUUCAAGAAUGAAUCCAACUCCUCAGGCACCUACUCAGAUUCUGCCACAGCUCCCAAACUGAAGCCCACCCCUCAUCUAAGUAAGCCUGGCCGCCCCUCGCUGCUCUUCACAUCACUGAUGACACUUUUCCUGCUCUUGGCAAUCACAUUCUUGGUUGCUUUUAUCUUUUAUUUUCAAAAAUACUCUCAACUUCUUGAAGAAAAAAAAGUUACAAAAAAUAUAACUUACACAGAAUUGAGCUGCACAAAAGACUAUUCACCCAUAGAAGGUAAGAAUUAAUAUGCCUCAGAGCUUUGUUGC